AACAAGUGCCAUCAUUUCAUACCAUCACUCUUCACACAAUCACAACAUUCAGACUCUCGUCGCACAGAUUCGUAUAACAAUGAGCUCAAUAGUCUUGUACCCAUCGCCUGGCAUGGGCCACCUAGUCUCAAUGAUUGAGCUUGGAAAACUCUUAACUACCCACAACCUCUCCGUCACCAUUCUCAUCGUCGAUCCCCCUUAUAACACGGGCUCCACCGCCCCAUUCAUUGCCUCUGUUGCCUCCGCAGACCCCUCCAUCACCUUCCACCGCCUCCCUGCCGUCUCUCUCCCUUCUGACAUUUCCUCUGCAAACCAUGAGUUCCUUGCCUUCGAAACCCUUCGCCUCUCAAACCCAAAUCUCAAAGAUUUUCUCCUCUCGACGAAGAAUGUUCGUGCACUUGUCGUUGAUUUUUUCUGUGCUUGUGUUCUUGAUAUUGUAGAUGAGUUGGAGAUACCUUGUUAUUGUUUUUAUACAUCGGGGGCUGGCGCGUUGGCUUGUUUCUUGAAUUUUCCAAGUUUGCAUUUGAGCAUUUCGACUUCGUUUAAGGAUCUCGGCCACACCUUGAUCAAUAUCCCUGGCGUUCCGUCGAUCCCGGCAGAUCAUAUGCCGCUUCCGAUGAUGGAUAAUUCCGAUGAUGCGUAUAAAGGGUUCCUCGAUCUUGCUCGCAGCUUGUUCAGGUACGAUGGAAUCCUGAUCAAUACUUUCAGUUCACUUGAACCAAAAGCACUCGACGCAAUAAACAAAGGACUCUGCUCAGCCGGUCAAAACACAACACCACCUCCAAUAUACCCCAUCGGACCCUUAAUCACAUCAAACGCCAGAGCACAGAGCAACAAUUCCGACUGUCUCAAUUGGCUCGACACUCAACCUGAUAACUCUGUCGUCUUCCUCUGCUUCGGCAGCCUCGGCCUCUUCUCCGCUGGCCAACUCAAACAGAUCGCUAUUGGACUUGAACGAAGUGGUCAGCGGUUUUUAUGGGUAGUCAGAAGCCCACCGAGCGAGCAUCCAACGAUGAAGUACGAAGCGCCUCCGGAGCCAAAGCUUGAUGAACUGUUGCCGGAGGGGUUUACAGAGAGAAUGAGUGAUAUAGGACUUGUUGUUAAGUCGUGGGUACCACAGGUGGAGGUGUUGAACCACAGAGCGGUGGGCGGAUUUGUGACACACUGCGGGUGGAACUCGGUGCUGGAGGCAGUGUGUAGUGGGAAGGCGAUGGUGGCAUGGCCGUUGUACGCAGAGCAGAGGUGGAAUAAGGUGUUUCUGGUUGAGGAGUUUAAGCUGGCAGGGGAGAUGAGGGGGUUUGAGGAGGGGAUGGUGACGGCAGAGGAGGUGGAGGAGAGGGUUAGAUGGCUGAUGGAAUCGGAGGAGGGGGAGGAGCUUAAGAGGAGGACGGCUGCGGUGAGGAAGGCAGCCAAGGCGGCGGCGGGGGAAGCAGGGUCGAGUUAUAGAGAGCUGGAACAGCUUGUGAAGAUCUGGGGGAAGACUGCUGAGUAGUUGUGGAGUACAAAUUAUAUCAGAGCGUCCUGCAAUGUUAACAUUUGGACUCCAUACCUAUUUGUAUAGUGCAGAACACUCUGAUAGAAUUUGUAGGAUAAAUUGCAAAACUUCUUACAGGUUCAGUUUGUGAAAGAUUGAGAAAGUUGCUUG